GUAAUUAAAUGUAAAGAACCGUAGGAAACACUUCUUGUAAGAUUCUACCUCAGCAGAAAAAGGUAAUAUAAUUGUUGAGAAAUCCAAUUUUCUUGCAAACCAUGCAUCAGAAGCAACAACGCUAGAAGAAAGGGGAAAAGGGAAGAGAGAGAGAGAGAGAGAGAGAGAUUUGUUAAGGAUCUGUUUUUAGGACAUGGGGAAGCUGUUUGUAGUGAAUCUUGAAGGGAAGAUCUAUAGCUGCAAGCACUGCAGAACCCAUCUUGCUCUUUAUGAAGAUAUUGUUUCAAAGGCUUUCCACAGCAGGCAUGGGAAAGCAUAUCUCUUCAAUAAGGUAGCGAAUGUCUUCUUAGGAGAGAAAGAAGAGAGACAGAUGAUAACUGGGAUGCAUACUGUUGCUGACAUUUUCUGUGUUGGAUGCGGAUCGAUUGUGGGAUGGAAAUAUGAGACUGCCCAUGAAAAGAGCCAGAAGUACAAGGAAGGAAAAUCUGUUCUCGAGCGGUUUAAGGUAGCUGGUCCUGAUGGAAGCAGUUAUUGGAUGAAUCAUGAAGCACAUGUUGGUGGAAGUGAUGCAGAUGAUGUUUGAUUACCUUUCAUUUCCAAUUGUACAUUCUUUCUCCUCUAAUGUUCUUUAUUUUAACUCUAUAUGAACUAGGAAACACCAAAUUCCUGAUUUCGAUGGUUCGCUCAUCUUGCCGUCAAAUAACAUGAUUCUAUACAUGGGAUUGUUGGUUCUGAUGUAUUCCAUGCUCAGUUUCAAGGGUCAUUCCAUGUUAAAAACUUCAUUUCAUUGUUGAAUUUUUUACCGCAAUUUCAAGGGUUAAUCCUUUCAGGCAAUUCUUAACA